CACCGCUUCCCCUACAGCAGAUAACAAAUAAGUUCCUGAUGCUCAUGUCGCCGGAAGAUCUACAGGAGUCCGACGUCCUUUGGCCGGAGCCCCGCCGCAGCUCGAUAUUUCCAUCAUCGCCUCUUCCCAUCACCACCACCACCGCAAAUCGGCCGAUGAAGUUAUCGGCACCCAUCAGAAUUCCCCAACCUUCGUUCCGUUUCGCCGGCGGCGACGAAUAUAUGGACAGCGAUGGGAUGAUUCCGCCGCAUGAGAUGACGGCCCGGAGGUGGGCCCGGGAGAGAAUGGCGUGCUCCGUUUGCACGGGAGAAGGUCGCACGCUCAAAGGCCGCGAUCUCCGACAGGUGCGAAAUGCCGUUCUGAAGCUCACCGGAUUUUUGGAGGGAUAACGUUCAUGAAAUUGGAGAGCGGAAUACAAUUUAUUAUUUUUUUUAUUAAAA